CCGAAUGUGAAAGGGAUGAAAUAGUAAAUAAGUCGUCAACAAUUCUCUCUCACUACGGCUUGACUAAUGUCACUAUAACAUAUCAGUGCAAACCAUUCUAUGAUGGUGUUAUAACUUUGACGGAUGUUGUUACAAAAAACGUCACUUAUUUAAAGGAACCGACAUACAUCGUGGCUAGACCUACACAGAAAGUGGUGACCAAAUGCCACAUAAAGUCAGUUGAAACCAAUAAAAAUAUGACGAUAAACCGUCUUCAUCUGCAGUUCAAUGAGUCUGCUCUGUCAGAAAAUGACACGAUCAAAUUUGUAGCGUGUAAUAAGACGUGGGAAUAUAAUUCCUUCAACCGCACCCUGCCACGUAAGCUGACGUGCCCGAGGCUUGAGAUGGAGGUGCGGCUAACCCUGGGGGUGUUCUGGUUGGAGAUUGACGCAAAGGGACAUUUUCAAAUUAACUGCAUUUUGUAUCAACAAGACACAGAAGCAGACAGACACACUGAAGAACAAGUUAAUAGAGAUCUAAUUUUAGUCCUGGUGGGCGUGGUCGCUGCCGUGAUAAUUUCUCUAGUCCUUGGGCUCUGUGGGGUCUACGUUUACCGACUUUAUAUGCCCUCAACACUGUCAUUAAAAAAUUUCACGCUGAGGCUAAUUGAUUCCAAGCAACUUACGAAAUAUUUUUUUAGGAAAUUUCAGAAAACGGACAGACCCACGCCCACACGCACAGAGGACAGCCACAGUGUUGGUCAAGCUCAACCUUUUAACAAUGAAUCAUCACCCUGUGUUGACACGUCGACAGGGACACAACCCAUCUCUCCAUCGGCUGACUGUUAUUCUUUAGCGACACUAGCCGUGACAGCCAAUCACGAUACAGAUCCAAACCUCACCAGUGUAAAGCUCAUCGAUGAUUGUUAUAGCACCUGCUCGGUGGUGACGUCACAGUCGGAUCACGACUCGCACCUGUCGUCCAGACCAGACGCUACGUCACUACCUCGACACUCACACACACCUGUGGCUGACCAGCAGGUGGUGACCUCCAAACACGACGCCGCGUCAAAACAAUGUAUAGACAGUGUACCGCGUGAUCUGCAGACCGUAGAGUAUCACCGGAAGUACCAGUCAAGUGAUGACGUGUAUUCCAACAACCAAUCAGAGGGGGAUUGCUCACGUUUCUCCGCCGCGCUUCAGAAAUGGAACUCACAGUCAAGAACAUCUAAUCAACUAGCUUUAGACGACAGCAACACGACACCACACCAACCACCACUAGCCAACAGCACAGUCUACAACAGCCUGAACUCUUUAGAUGGGACGUACACACACCUGAAGCACGUGAACCCACCUGAGAGGGUCAUUGAUAAUGUUUACGAUGGGUAGGGUCAUGUGACUUGGGUCAGGAGAGGGUCAUUGAUAAUGUUUACGAUGGGUAGAGUCAUGUGACUUGGGUCAGGAGAGGGUCAUUGAUAAUGUUUACGAUGGGUAGGGUCAUGUGACUUGGGUCAGGAGAGGGUCAUUGAUAAUGUUUACGAUGGGUAGAGUCACGUGACUUGGGUCAGGAGAGGGUCAUUGAUAAUGUUUACGAUGGGUAGUGUCAUGUGACUUGGGUCAGGAGAGGGUCAUUGAUAAUGUUUACGAUGGGUAGAGUCAUGUGACUUGGGUCAGGAGAGGGUCAUUGAUAAUGUUUACGAUGGGUAGUGUCAUGUGACUUGGGUCAGGAGAGGGUCAUUGAUAAUGUUUACGAUGGGUAGAGUCAUGUGACUUGGGUCAGGAGAGGGUCAUUGAUAAUGUUUACGAUGGGUAGUGUCAUGUGACUUGGGUCAGGAGAGGGUCAUUGAUAAUGUUUACAAUGGGUAGAGUCAUGUGACUUGGGUCAGGAGAGGGUCAUUGAUAAUGUUUACGAUGGGUAGGGUCAUGUGACUUGGGUCAGGAGAGGGUCAUUGAUAAUGUUUACGAUGGGUAGAGUCACGUGACUUGGGUCAGGAGAGGGUCAUUGAUAAUGUUUACGAUGGGUAGUAAUAAGUCGAUGUAAAUAUUUUCAAUUGUUGCCAUGGUUACGUCUUUCGAUUGUCUUGUUGUUAUAUAGAUUCAUUUAUAAUCCAAUAUGCAAUAUUUGUUUUUAAAAUGAUUUUGGACAAUUGAUUUGUCCAAGUUAUGAUCCUUUUAAUAGCUUUCACACGAUACAUAGUCGGUUAGUGUUGGAGAAAUAGUAGUGUUAAAGAAAUAGUAAAAUACAUUUAAAAAAACUUGUGUUGAAAAGGCGUGUUAUUUAGUCAUGAAUGGACUUCAUGUUGAAUAGAUGUGUGAUGUAGUGCCAGAACAUUCUGUUUUGGAUUAAAUGUAAUACCACAUCACAAUUCAAGAAAAAAAAAAUAAACAGGGAGUGAUCUCCCCUAAACUUUCUCGAAUAUUCUUAUAUAAAACAACAGGGGAUGGGAACUCGGGCUAUGGACAUGAUUUUUAAUCCAUUUUAAAUACUUUAAGUUUUAAAAAUAGAAUAAAAUCUCGUAGACAAAAGAAUUGCACACCAAGUGAACGUCAAAUUAAAAAAAAGUGUAAAAUAG